AAGAUGUCUGCGUCCGGUUGCAAGGUGGUGUAUUUUUAAUUUUCUAACAAUACUUGUUCCUUUUUAAAACGUGUGGGACAGAAAACAAUGCUUUAACGGUCAUAAUAAUUAUUUCCAGUCAUAGUGACAUGUUAUUCCAACCAUUGUUCGGUGAUUUUUUUAUAAAUAGUUUACCUUGUUCAUUAUUUUUUUUCCCUCGUUGUUUCUUUCGCUAAAUUAGGGCAAUGUGAAUGUAUAUCCGCAUUAAAGUAUACAUUAAAGUAUAAUACUCAGGCCAUUUUCUAUGAAAUGUUUUAGAAUGGGGGCGGCAUAGCUCGGUUGGUAGAGUGGCCGUGCCACUUGAGGGUUCCAGGUUCGAUUCCCGCUUCCGCCAUCCUAGUCACUGCCGUUGUGUCCUUGGGAAAGACACUUUACCCACCUGCUCCCAGUGUCACCCACACUGGUUUAAAUGUAACUUAGAUAUUGGGUUUCACUAUGUAAAUAGUUUUGAGUCAGUAGAGAAAAGCACUAUAUAAAUAUAAUUAACUUCAAUGGAGUUAUACCUCUCAUGUCAGAAACAGACAAUGCACAUAAUCCUUCAGGUGGAGAGAAAAUAGAGGAUCCUCCAAACCAUCAACGAGAUGUUUUCUAGAAGAGUUAUUAAGCUCCUACCUAAAGGUAAAGAGUGUGCCUCUAUCUUACUUUCAUGCCGUUACAAAACUUAUAAGAACACCACAAGAACAUUUCACACCGGGAGCCCGCUGAUGGUGGCCAAGUUACUAUCCCCAGAUGAACUCUUCGCCAAGAGGUCCCUGCAGGACUACCUGAAAAGGAUGCACUCGGAGUAUUUGGAUUGUUUAAAAGUGGUCAACAGCAACGCGCUGACGGACGAACAGUGCGGUGUGGACGAGCUGAGGGAGAAGAGGACCAAAGUGUCGCUGUUGGUUCCCCUCGUCCAGGCCAUCAGGGAGCUGGACGACAAACGGAGAGAGAUGACCGAGACCGAGGCGCUUCUGAAGGAUGACGACCAUGCUCUGCGAGAACUGGCUGAGCAGGAAAGGGAAGCGUGUUUGCAGGACAUGCAGGACCUGAGGCAAAAGAUUUUAGAUCUUCUAAUACCGGAGGAGGAGGCCGAUUUGAGCGACUUGGUGCUGGAGGUCACUGCAGGUGUGGGCGGACAGGAGGCAAUGCUGUUCACUGCUGAGAUUCUUAACAUGUACGAGGGCUUCGCUCACCACAACGGCUGGUCCUUCGACGUCCUGGAGCACAUGAUCAGUGACAUCGGAGGACUACGCCAUGCCUCGGUGAGCAUCAGCGGCCCUCGGAGCUACAAGAGGAUGAAGUUCGAAGGCGGGGUUCACCGCGUCCAGCGGGUCCCGAGGACGGAAAGGCAGGGCCGGACGCACACCAGCACCAUGACUGUGGCCGUGCUGCCCCAACCCACUGAGAUCUCUUUCACUAUAAACCCGAAGGACCUCAGGAUCGAAACUAAGCGGGCAAGUGGUGCAGGAGGUCAACACGUCAACACCACAGACAGCGCCGUCCGAAUAGUUCAUCUCCCUACUGGUGUGGUGGCUGAGUGCCAGCAGGGGCGGUCCCAGCUGAAGAACAAGGAGAAGGCCAUGAAGGCUCUGAGAGCCAAACUCUUCAGCAUGAAGCUGGAGGAGGCGACCAGCAAACGCUACAAUCAGCGUAAAGUGCAGAUUGGCACCAAGGGCAGAUCAGAGAAGAUCCGCACCUACAACUUUCCUCAAGAUCGUGUAACGGACCAUCGCAUCGGCAUGACGCAGCACGACGUCAAGAGUUUCCUGCUGGGAGAGGAUCUGCUGGACGAGAUGAACUCCUCUCUGCUGGAGUUCUCCAACCAGGAGGGGUUAAUGGAACUGCUGGGAGAAAAGAACAUGGACGGAUCAUGAGUGUAGACCAAAUACUUAUAACUAAUAAUGACAUGCUUCUACAUCACAGUUAGAAGUCCCAUAUUAUGAUAUCAUUCACCAAUUUUAAUGCCACAUAAUAACUCUAACUACACUGCAAUCAUCAAAUCAUUAAGAAAUAUAUACUUGAAAUAUUUCCCUGAGUGUUUCACUUUUUUGGAAAAAAAAAUAGCGACAUUCAUUUACUUUUCAACGACGGUCUACUGCAGGUGCGUCCAAACCUUCUUCAGAGUGGCCCACGUCCAUACUGUACAAAUUAAAGGAUGCAAGGGCCACAUUGGCAUAUACUAUCUUUUAUGUACAAAUCUUACCAAACUAUCUGAACAAAAAAAUCCACAACUUACCUUUGUGUUAUAGAUAGCCAAGCAAAUUGGUAUCUAAUCUAACCCUCUUUUAGAUAUUUUUUCUUUCAAUUAUUCUUUACUAUUAUUAUUCCAACAACUGAAACCUUUCUGAGGGCUUUGCCAAUUGCAGAAAUUUACCAUAUCUUGCAAAAAAUGUGUGCACAUGUUCGUCACGACAUGAAAAUCCUAUACAGAAAGGUGCACAGGUCUUUGCUAUUUAGUUUUUCAUGUGGCAUUUUGGGGGGAAUUUGGCCAGCCACAUUUGUUAUUGUAAUGUUAUAAUCUGAAACACUUUUAUUUAAUUUUAAGAAUGUGUCAAAGGUUAAUUAAAAAAAGAGCUGUUCCUCCAAAAUAGUAAGAAUAUAUGUUAG